AUGGCUGCUCUUGCAAUUCCCGCUGCCAGGUUGAUCAGAAGCGCCAAACAUGUCGUCCCAGGGCCAUUUCUGGUGACUGAGUAUCUGUUCUCUGUCCCCAAGGACUAUCGAAAUCCUCAGGACGGCGAGAUCCAGCUGUUUGCGAGGUCAGCUACCAAGCAUGAGGCUUCUGUAUCUGCCUUGGAGCAGCCUGUGUCUCAGAGACCGUGGAUGGUUUACCUGCAGGGCGGCCCUGGCUUCGGCAAUCCAGAACCUCAAGACUUCCCUCUCACCCGGUUCGUCCUCAGCAAGGGCUACCAGAUCCUCUUCCUCGACUACAGAGGCGUGGGGCUCAGUACGCCGGUCACGGCGGACACCAUCCCCCCAAAGGCCAGCGACCAGUUCGAGUACCUCAAGCACUUCCGCCAGGACAACAAUGUGCGUGACCUUGAGGCCGUGCGCAGCUACCUCACAGCCGGGGUUGCCGAUCCUGUCAAGAAGAAGUGGUCCAUCUUUGGCCAGAGUUUUGGCGGCUUCGUCUGCCUGUCAUAUCUGUCCAAGUUUCCAGAGGGUCUGAGUGAUGUUUGGAUCACAGGUGGUCUGGCGCCUAUCUCGAGAGCGCCCAGGGAGGUCUACCAGGCCACGUUCAAGAAGGUCUACGAGCGCAACAUGGUCUACUAUACAAAAUUUCCCGAGGAUAUCGCUACUGUCCGCAGGAUUGUCGCCUACCUUCAUGCCAAGAAGGGCGGCGUGCAGCUCCCUGGAGGCGGCAGGCUGACGGCAAGGCGUCUGCUCACCAUUGGCGACAUGUUCGGCUUCCACGGCGGCCUUGACAAUGUGCACAGCAUGCUCUUGCGGAUGGGCAUGGACCUGGACCAGUAUGGCUUCUUCACCCGUCCCACUCUUGACCAGUUUGAGUCGUAUUUGCCCUUCGACACGAGUCCCAUCUAUGCCAUCCUGCAUGAGGCCAUCUACUGCUACAAGAACGGGGUCGCUUCGAACUGGGCGGCUCAGCAGGUGGGACAGGAGCUUCAGGACUUCCGCUGGCUGUCUGCCGACAACCAUGGCUUUGAUGAUCCUACCUUUGCGAGCGACACGACGCCGCUGUGCUUUACGGGCGAGAUGAUCUUCCCCUUCAUGUUUGAUGACUACCCCGAGCUCAACAGGAUGAAGGAGACCGCCGAGAUGCUCGCCCGGUACGAUCAGUGGGACGAUCUCUACGAUGAGGAACAACUCAAGAGGAACACGGUCCCCGUCUACGCUGCGAGCUACAUCGAGGAUAUGUAUGUGGACUUUGACCUGGCGAGAGAGACUGCCAGCAAAGUCAACGGCAUCAAGACCUUCGAAACCAAUAUUAUGUAUCACAAUGCAAUCCGAGCCCGCUCGGACGAGGUUCUGUCGCAGCUCUUCAAAUUACGGGAAGAUAUCAUCGACUAG